AUGGCGGAAACUGCAGAAAGGCCAGUGACCACUGAGUCGCAACGAAAUCCUUAUGGGUCAUCCAGUCGCUGGCGACAUCAGGAAUCGUCUGCUUAUGCUGCACACGCCGCGCAGCUGACUGGCGAAGGACCGCCGCGAGAUCCUCACCAAGAAACGGGCAACGCGAGCGAGCUUGCAAGCUUUCUCAACCAGUCCCGCAUUGAACCAGAAGACGAAAAUCGCGAAACCGAAAAGUACAGACCCAUUACCGCCGCUGCUGGUGAUAUAAAUGGGAGCAUCGUUAAUGGUGACGUGGGUCAAAGCCAUGCUGGCCAAGGCCCGCAAGGCGAGAACGCUCCUGACGUAAAGAAGAUUGUUUGCGGACCUCUACUGAACUAUCGCCACAUGCGAGAGGGACGCUGGUAUGGUAGCGUAUUGAUUGUCGUGGAAGGCGGCGGCAAGAUCCCUCUGCACCAGCCUUAUUUGACAUUGAAGCAAGCCAUUCAGACUCAAGAGGGUGGCUUUGCAGACCAGGCAUCGCCGACCAGCGGGGCGCAAGAGGAAGCUCGUGUUGACGCGCAUUGUCUUUACUCCGACCCGCGCAAUACCUUCUGGGCUUUCGAUAUCAGUGUCCCAGUUCAAGAUAUCGAGGCUUGCUACGAAUAUGCUGUACCCGAACUGCGCUUCUCAACUGAACACAAGCCCCGUGUGAACAGAUUCUUCGUACCUGCUGCAACCGAGUCCAUGCGCAUCAUGUUUCACUCGUGCAACGGUUUCAGUGUUGGAACUGACGAGAAGGCCUGGAGUGGUCCGGCGCUGUGGAAUGAUGUGACACGAAAGCAUCGCGAGCUUCCUUUCCACGUCAUGCUAGGCGGCGGCGAUCAGAUUUACAACGAUGGUAUCCGAGUUGACGGUCCUCUGCGCCCAUGGACUGACAUUGGCAACCCCAAGAAGCGUAAAGAGUAUCCCUUCCCGGAGAAGCUACGCGCGGAAUGUGAUGACUAUUAUCUCAAGAACUAUAUCCGCUGGUACAACACUGAGCCCUUCUCUGGGGUCAACGGGCAGAUUCCCCAGGUCAACAUCUGGGAUGACCAUGACCGCUUGACAUGGCUCGAAAACAUUUUCCGAAGUCCUGUUAUGGGCCCUCUCAAGAUCCUUAACAAACGGUUCGGAAUUGGCGGGAGUCUGUUCAACCAGUUCGACGGUAAUAUCGAUUUGCUGGAUGAUCUGGACGACCACUACACUGCAAGAACGCACAAGAAGGAGAGGCGUGAACUAAUGGUCGAACUUCAGAAGAUCGCUGCUGAGUUCCAUACUCGGGUGACUAUUCUCGGAGGCGAUGUGCAUCUGGCUGCACUAGGACGAUUUUACUCCAACCCCAAGCUUGAAAUCCCUGCGGAGGAGGAUCAUCGCUACAUGGUCAACGUCGUUUCUUCAGCCAUCGUCAACAAGCCACCGCCUACGGCUGUAGCAAAUCUCCUGGCCAGGAGGAACAAGAUCCAUCACCUGAACGCUAAGACCGACGAGACUUUGUUGGAUUUGUUCGACAAGGAUCCUGGCGAUUCCAACAAGACGGCCAGUCAUAACAAGUGCACAAUGCCGAGCCGCAACUUUGCAACAAUUACUGAGAACUCACCCAACAACCCCGAAGCCCCCAACAGCAGCGUGGAGGAGAACGGAGUUGAAGAGCAGAACUUCCUGGGCAAUGAUGGACACAAGGUUCUUCACAAGGGAGAAGUUCAGGCUGGAACGAAGCACAGGGCGGCAUCGCGACAGCGCCAUGGCCGGUCCAACGAUGGAACACUUGACGUGUGUAUCAAUGUGGAAAUCGACCAGCACGACAAGGAGGGUCGAACAGAGAUGUAUGGGUUGACAGUGCCGCUACUCAACUACCAGCCGAGAGACGAACCCCCCACACCCAGAGAAUCGGUGACAUCGGGGAGCCAACAUUAG